AUGAUAACGGGCAUAAGGCCAUUGGAACUUGCUGGUCCUGUUACUAUUGCUCAAGAAGCAGAUGGGAAUUUGGUAGUUAAAGUCACCGAAACCCCUUUUAUUACUAAAGUAAUACUGCAAGGUAAUUCGAAAAUUAAAAGUGCUCAAUUAACUAAGGAAUUAUUUACUGUAGCGGGAGACGCGAUUAGUCCUGGUAAAAUUCAAUUAGAUGCUGAAAAAAUCAAAGAAAUUUAUAAACGUUCCGGACGUCUUUCUACAAUGGUAACGCCGAAAACAGAGAAUCUUCCCAACAGUAGAGUAAAAGUUAUAUUUGAUAUUACUGAAGGCCCUAAAACUACUAUUAGGCAAAUUUAUUUUAAUGGUAAUAAUAAUUAUAGCGAUGGUGAGCUUCAAUCUAUUAUUAUGACUAAAAGAACAAGGUGGUUUAGCUUCUUUGAAACAAACGAUACUUAUGAUCCUGAUCGAUUAGAAUAUGAUAAAGAGUUACUAAAAGAAUUUUAUCAAUCUGUAGGUUUUGCCGAUUUUCGGGUCAUUUC